CUUAAAAAGGCACUUCAUAUAUGGCUCAUGACACUUUCCAAAACAGGCAAAACGCUUUGCGAUCUCUCUAGGCCGUUAACCAAGGAGAAGGAGAAAGAGAAGAGAGGAGAGAUGAGAGGGGUUGGAGGACCUCUUCUUUGCAUAGGCGAUCUUCUAAACGACGUUGGAGAAUCAAAUCCUGAAACUUCCCAACCCGAGCUCCAUCUCUACCUUCCUCCUCCUUCUUCUACUUCCAUCUCAUCGCACAGCAUUGAUCUCACCAAACUCUUCGAGGAAAAUUACAAGGAUCUGAAUGAGGCAUUUGCUGGGUCAGAUCAGUCAUGGACCGGUCUCACAUUAAAGGACCUAAAUUUAUAUUCAUUGUCUUCUCUGACAUUACAAAAUGGUGUAUCUUUCUUGUUCUUGGUUACCCAGUUGUGCUCUGGUCUGGAAACUGCAAACAAGUUGGUCCAAUCCACUAACUCAAACGUUAGAUCACUAUCAGAGAAGGUUGGGGAGCUUGAGGAAGUUUUCAAGAAGGGGGAUACUGUUGUAGCAGCGGUCAGGGGUGUCAUUUCUUCUUUUAGUGAAAUCAAGGAGUAACACCUAUUGGAACUCCAACAUUGAAAUAAUCCCACUCGAUCUGGGAACAAGGCUAGUGAGGUCAGGUUUCAAGCUUUCUAACAUUGUUCACCAUUAGUAUAUAACAAUUUUGUACCGAAAGGAGAUGAUUUAACAUUAUGGGGACUAAAACUUUAGAGUAAUUGUUUGAUGUAAUAGUUGUAAAGGCUGCUUAUACUCUUUGUUUUAAACUUCUUUAUGGGAUUAUACAUUCUUGUUUUGGUGUGUUCAUAAGCUUAUUACUCUAUGAACUUUUAGCUGCUACCAUAGACAAAAGAAAAAGGGGCUUGCCAAUGCUAGCUACAGAGUUCAGACUGUGGGUUAGUCUUUUUGAUGACAGA